GCAAACACGAAAUGGAACUUCAUACCACCAGGAGCGCCACACAUGGGCGGAGCGUGGGAACGCCUAGUACAGUCCGUUAAAGCUGCAAUGAAAGAAGCGUAUUCCGAGGGGAAGCUUGACGACGAGGGGUUGCAGACGUUGGUCGUGGAGGCUGAAAGUGUCGUAAACUCGAGGCCUCUGACGUAUCUGCCAUUGGAGAGCGAGGAGACCGAGGCGCUCACCCCGAACCACUUCCUGUUGUUAAGUUCGAAUGGGAUGAAGCAAAUGAACGACGAAGAUGAAGGACCGAGACAGUUCAACGAAUCAGUUCGGUGUCGAAUCCUGGGGGAUUCCUGGGAACAGAUCCAGCAUCAGCUAAAUGUAUUCUGGGGGCGCUGGUUGGUGGAAUAUCUGCCGGUGAUCCGCCGGCAACCGAAAUGGUUCAGCGAGACACCAUCAUUGAAACCAGACGACCUGGUAAUGGUCGCGGAGCCGACGAGACGGAGUGGCUGGGAGCGAGGGCGAAUAGUCCGCCUGAAGCAGCAUGCGGACGGCAGAAAUCGACGAACGGUCGUGAAGAUAGGCGACAAGACUUGUAUUCGACCGAUGACGCGGUUGGCUUUGCUCGACGUCAAGAAGAGUGGAGCUCCGGCGGACUCCGGACUACACCCGGGGGAGACUGUCAACGCAGAAACCGUCGAGCUGGCAACACUGCCUGACAAAGGCAACGCGUCAGAAUCAAAGCAACGCGGUUAAGCGUCGCGUCAAUGGAUGACAGACGUCAUUUGAUGACAGCGGAGAUACAUCACCGAACUGUCAACGACUAGACCACGUUUCAUUUGGCAGUUCUUUUACUCAUCGAAGCUCAGUGUGAACGGCAGCAGAUAGAAAGUGAAAUUAAAAGCAAAAGUUUAAAAGACAAGUACAGUAAGGUAUAAGUGAAAGUAGAGUGAAAAACAGGAAAGAUUUGAAAGGCGGUAAGGUAUAAUAUAAUAGAAGCAUCCUAGAAAACCUGGAAGGAAACAAAUUUAUAAUUAAUAUGUUUUUAGACAGUAUUAUUUGGCAAAGAGCCGCGACUGGCAGCAAGGGCGAAUAAAAGGGUACAGCCCACCAAAUUUUGAAGCUAAAUACAACUUUUACGCUACAAAACGGCCUUUUCCCUUCGCCCUACAACCUCGAC